GGUUGAGGAGGUGAGGACUGCCAGCUGGUGUUUGCAAAAGACCGGUGUUAGGAAGAGCAUAACACACAACCGCCCCCAACACACAAACAACUCUGUGAAAUACUUAUAAGAAGGAAGAACAGGCCAGGGGACAAGACAGAAGACUUAUAAACUAAAACAACGAUAAAGGUGGCGAGGGGUGAAGCCAGGCAAUGGGACGAGGCAUAUAAAGUGUAAAAGACAGGAUAGACACAAGAGAAGGAAGAUGGCAUUGUAUCGCGUGCUGGUGAGGAGAUGGACCGCGUUAGGCUGGUCUCGCUCUUACUGUCAGUCUAUAAAUGCCGACAUUGAAGAGGCGCCGGAGGAAGAUGAUCUCAUCGAUCAGAAAAGGAAUAAAUCUAGACUCCGUGCCCAUCACUUCAAUGCCACUCACCGCCGGGUGCCAGAAAAUCUCUCAGAAGAUGAAGAGUUUGUGAUGCCCCUCAGAGAACAGAGGAAACGUUACGCAGAGUUUGGUGCAGCCAGUGGCAUCAACGUGGCCAGGCUGUGGCCCAGCAAGGAGGAGCUGGAGCUAGAGAGGGAGUGGGAGAAAGUUGCCAGACCCCAUUCUGUUCAGGAAAUGAUAAGUAUAGCCAGGAAAGCCAAGGAGGAGGAAGAAAGAGCCACACAGAAGAGACAACAAGACCUGGUGCAGAAGGUGGUAAAGUUGGAAGGUUGGAAGAAACAAGUGAGAGACCGUAUAAAGAAGCAAGAGCUGGAGGCACAAAUAGCAAAGGAGAAAAAGGAGAAACUGAUUGAAGAAGUGCGUCAGAUUCUGGGCUUCCAAAUUGACCCCAAAGACGAGAGAUUUAAGGAGGCACUGCUGCAGAAGGAGAAGGAAGAGAAGAAGGCUAAAAAGGUAGCCAAGAAAUUGGCUCGUCAGCAGCGUAUGAUAGACCGGCUGAGGCAGGAGGCAGAUACUUCCCCAAGCCCUGUAAAGGAAGCUUCAAGCAAGAGUGAGGUAGGAGAAGGAAGCAACAUUUCCCCUGGAGCACCCAUUGUGUGAAGCAAGGCACUAUCAUAAUGAUUGUCACAAUGUACAUAAAACCUCCUCAGUGCUGAUUAAAUUGGUAAAAUUC